UCUCUCUCUCUGUCUCAUGGCUGCUAGCUCGAGAAGAAAGCUUACUCUGAACAAUGUUUCUGUGAAGCUUGGUUGUGGAAGCUGCAGAAGAAGAAAACCCAAGCUUCUUCUUCACUUCCUCUUCAAUCGAAAACCAAACAACCACCACCAUAACCAUUCUUCUUCUUCUUACGACACAAGCACCACCACCACCACCACCACCACCACAUUCUCUCCUUUCUACGACGACGACAACAACAACAUGAUGAAGACUCAUCAUCAUCAUCAGAAGAAGCAGCAUUCUACUGUUAAGGGUUUCGGAAGAGUUGGAAGUGAAGGUAGUGUUGCUGUUGAGAAAGAUUCUGAGGAUCCUUUCUUGGAUUUCAAGCAUUCAAUGCUCCAAAUGAUUCUUGAGAAUGAGAUUUAUACUAAGCAAGAUCUUAGCGAGCUUUUGAACUGUUUCCUUCAGCUGAAUUCGCCUCAUCACCAUGCUGUUAUUCUUAGAGCUUUCACUGACAUCUGCAAUGGCGUCUUCUCUAAUUCACUUCAAACCUUUCAUCAUCACUUCAACCGUAAGUCACGUGACUUCUAGCUUCACCUCACGUGACUACCUACCAUAUCCCAUUAUUAGGAAAAUAUGUCAUGUAGUCAUGUGUUUUAUAGAUUAUUACAUAAUAGAGACGAAAAUAUGAAUAUAAAUAUUAUAUUUUUGUCUCUAUUUUUUUUAUUGUUUUUAACU